AGGGGAGGGGAGGGGAGGCAGGCAGGCCCAGCUGUGUAACGGAGGAGACUGGUCGCUGCUCUAUGUGUCUCUCUGCGAACUAUAAAAUCACUCUCCAAUAACCAAUUUUCUUUCAGUUUCCAAAAUCAAGAAGAAGAAGAAGAAACUCCCCCUUUCUCUCUUUCUUUAAAACCCUCAAUUCGAAGCCCUUACGAUUAACCAAGACCGACUUCCAUCCAACCAGCUUUAAAACAAAGAAGAAAUCGAAAGAGAAAUGCCGAAGGAAAAGGGAACUUUAAUCCCUAAUUUGAAGCUCUCUCUUCCUCCUCCAGAUGAGACCUCCUUCUCCAAAUUUCUAACCGAAAGCGGCACAUUCAAAGACGGCGAUCUCCUCGUCAACAAGGACGGUGUUAGAAUUGUCUCUCAAUCCGAACCUGAAGUUCUUCCGCCUAUUAAGGCAUCAGAAGUUGACAAUGACAAUCAGCUGAGUUUAGAAGAUAUAGAUGCCAUUAAAGUUAUCGGCAAGGGUAAUGGUGGGAUUGUGCAAUUGGUCCAACACAAAUGGACUGGCCAGUUUUUUGCAUUGAAGGUUAUUCAAAUGAAUAUUGAGGAGUCAGCUCGGAAGCAGAUUGCAAAGGAAUUGAAAAUAAACCAGUCCUCCCAGUGUCCAUAUGUUGUUGUUUGUUAUCAGUCUUUCUAUAACAAUGGCUGCAUUUCAAUCAUCUUGGAGUAUAUGGAUGGUGGAUCCUUAGCAGACUUCCUGAAAAAGGUUAAAUCAAUUCCUGAACCCUAUCUAGCUGCGAUAUGUAAGCAGGUGCUCAACGGUUUGAUGUAUCUUCAUCAUGAAAGACACAUUAUCCACCGUGAUCUAAAGCCAUCCAACUUACUGAUAAAUCACAGAGGAGAAGUCAAAAUCACCGACUUUGGUGUGAGUGUAAUAAUGACGAGCACCUUAGGACUAGCUAACACUUUUGUCGGCACGUACAACUAUAUGUCUCCUGAGAGAAUUAUUGGUAGCAAUUAUGGCAAUAAAAGUGACAUUUGGAGCUUGGGACUGGUGUUGCUCGAGUGUGCAACUGGUCAAUUCCCUUAUUCCCCUCCAGAUCAGGCAGCAGGAUGGACAAAUUUUUAUGAGCUCAUGGAACAAAUUGUUGAACAACCACCACCUUGUGCAUCUUCAAAUCAAUUUUCUCCUGAGUUUUACUCGUUUAUCUCUGCAUGUUUAAAAAAAGACCCAAAUGAGAGAAAGUCGGCUCAGGAACUGCUGGAUUUGCCUUUCUUGAACAAGUAUGAUGACUCAAAUGCUGAACUCUCAUCUUACUUCAACGAUGUUGGAUCACCACUUGCAACACUUUAGAAUCUAUGUGGCCCGGAUUAUUUGUAGUUGUUGCUGCGACUAUAGUGUGGGACUUAUCUGAGUAGAUGUUGUGAAGAUGACGCCCAAAGUUAAUGAUAAAAGAAUUUCUUGCCCGAAGACUCAGAGUUUGAGUUUCAGCUUAUUGCUGCGUGUUAGUUUUCCGUAAUUGAUAGGUAAUGCUGUCAUAUAUAUCCAUGAACAGUUCUAUAAACGUCCUGAAAUAGGAAUUGUACUGAAUUUGAGGGAAAGUGGAUUUUUUUGUCUAUAUGACGACUGCUUUCACUCUGUUUAGGUGAUGGGGCCUGUAAUGGUGCAUUCAU